CUCUCCAGAUCCCUUCCACUGUGAUAUCAUCAUCGUCCUCGCCCACUGUAUCAUAUAUAUAUAUCUAUAUAUAUAUAUAUAUAUAUAUAUAUAUAUAUUAUCAUUCUCCGUCACGACCAGCCCCGUUCUGAUCGUUCCGACUGACCCAAUAGCUCGGCUGUGGUCUCCCUGUCAACAAUACUCACCUACAGGAAACGACUACGCAACCCUUCCCAAGAUCCACCAUGGCAGCAGCACAGAGUGCGGGUACUCCACGGAUCCGCAGGCUAUCCAGUAUGGAUGCCAGCCGUGGCGACCUCAUCAGCGGACCGACCGUCCUGGUGCCUCCCAAACAGCUGAUGGCAACCCUCGGCGAUGCCAAUGAAACCGCCAUGUCCUUCGAGAGGGCCAAGAUGCAUCUCGAAGAAGCCACCACCUCGUCCGAAGAGGUCACCCCGCGGUCAUCGUCUCCCGUCAACGCCGCGCAGCAGGCCGCGCCUACGGAUCAGUAUGCCUUCGCCUUCGAUAUCGAUGGCGUCCUCAUCCGCGGUGGGAAGCCCAUCCCGGCGGCCGUGGAGGCCAUGAAGGUGCUGAACGGCGAGAACCCUUACGGUAUCAAAGUACCAUACAUCUUCCUCACUAACGGAGGUGGAAAGACUGAGGAAGAACGAUGUAUCGAUCUGAGCAAACAACUCGAGAUCGAGGUCUCCACCGGCCAGUUCAUCUGCGGCCACACUCCCAUGCGGGAGAUGGCGGAGCGUUACCAAACCGUCCUCGUCGUAGGUGGUGAGGGUGAAAAGUGCCGUGAGGUGGCCGAAGGCUACGGUUUCAAAGAUGUCGUUACGCCCGGAGACAUUAUCAAGGCGAAGCAGGACGUCACCCCGUUCCGCAAACUGACCGAGGACGAGUGGAAGAACUCCCGCGAUCGUGAUUUCAGCAAGAUCAAGAUCGAUGCCAUCUUCGUCUUCGCCGACAGCAGAGACUGGGCCGGUGACCAGCAGAUCAUUCUGGACCUGCUCAUGUCGAAGAACGGCCAGCUAGGCACCCGAUCGGAGACCUUCGACGAGGGCCCACCCGUCUACUUCUCUCACAACGACAUUGUCUGGUCGACGUCGCACGAGCACGUCCGCAUCGGCAUGGGUGCUCUGCGAGCAUCUUUGGAGACGCUAUUCAAGGCCGUCUCCGGCAAGGAACUGAAGACGACUGCCUUUGGCAAGCCCCAGCUCGGGACUUUCUCAUUCGCGACUCGACUCCUCCAACAAUGGCGCAAGGACGUCUACGGCAUCGACAAGCCCCCGCAGACGGUCUACUUCGUCGGUGACACUCCGGAAUCUGACAUCCAAGGCACCAACGCGUUCAACGACUCUGAGCUGAGCGACUGCAACUGGUACUCGAUCCUGGUCAAGACCGGCGUCUACCAGGACGGCACCAUUCCUCGCUUCCCUCCUAAGAAAUGCGUUCAGGACGUGUUGGAGGCAGUAAGAUUCGGAAUGCAGCGCGAGUUCGUCCGGGCCAUGAAAGAGAAGGUCUCCGGCGAUGCAGACGAAGAGGAGAAGAAGGCUGCGGAAGCUGCCCUUGAGGACGAGGCUGACAUCGACGACUAAGCCCACCUCUCAAAAUGCCGAAACGAACUGUCUUAUUUUAUGAUAUUGAUUACUGCACAUUACAUCAUGAUUCGAGGACCUGUAUUUUGCCAUAUUCUUUUUAUAUUUCAAUUCUUCUCCGAUCUAUCUACCCAUCCGCGAGACUCAAAUCUGUUCUUUUUCCCAUUGAUUUCC